AUGGCGACCUCCCUCGCCAAGCAGUUGGCCCAGCUUGCCGCCGACUCCAAGGCAACCCUCAACACCAAGGCGCAGAAGGCUGCCCACUCCAAGUCUCUGAUCUGGGAGGCCCGCGUUGCCGCUACUCAGAGCUACCAGACCUUGUACACGACAUGCUAUCCGGGCUUCGAAGAGCUCUGUCAGCUAGACUCGCGCUUUGCGCGCUUUCAGUCCACCAUCUUCGGCGAAGAGAGCCAGAAUCAGGAUCGCACCCAGCUCACGGCCGCCGAGAAUGAGGAGCUGGACCGGCAGGUCGAAGCCUUUCUGCGCUUAGCCGGCAGCCGGCUAAGGCUCAUGCCGGCAAUCAAGGCCAUUGAAUGGUUAAUUCGUCGCUUCCGCAUUCACGAGGAAAACACCAAAAUCCUGCUCACGACCUUCCUCCCGUACCAUUCCCUUCCCGUCUUUGCGACCUUGCUUUCCAUUCUUCCCUCCCGCAUCCCUCACGAGUUCCGGUUCCUCGACCCCUACGUUCGCUCCCUUACACCGCCGCCGAGGUCUGUUCUCGUCCAUCAAGCUGUUCACCACCCAGAGUUUCUGUAUUCCGUGUCAGAGUACACGCUCGAGUCGUGCCGCAAGCAAUGUCAGUACCCAGCUCUCGUCACAUUUUGGGGUGGCCUAGCAACCGAGGCUUUGAGCGGAAUACUCGACAGGACAAGGUCGGCACGAGCUGCCGUCCAGAGCGAUCAAACCCAGUCCCUGCUUCACAGGGUGGGCCCCAUAUUUGCCGAGUCUUUGGUUAUGAAAAAGAUCCCGAGCCUUCAGAUUGCCUCGUACAUGGCCCUUUCUCUGUUCGUGUCCAAGGCGCACUUGGAGGACGUGGCCGUUACUGCUUUCAUGGAGCAAACGGUUUACGGCUGGACCAGCGAGACCGUUAGGCCCGCGCUCGUUUGUCUAGCCAUCAUGGCCCAGUAUCGCUCCGCUAAGCAGAUGAGCAGCAAGGUCACCAAGGCCCUGAUGAAGGUCUCGGAUAUCGGCCCUCUCCUGGUCGAAAUUGGCCAGGAGCGGAGCGUCGACAAACUGGCAAAUGGCCUCUGUCUCGCUCUCAUCGAACGGUUUACGAAAAAGGGCGACUCGCGCGGACUCCAAACGAUAAUGGCGAUCCUGAGCAGCCGGGUGUUGAGAGACAAGCAAAUCGCCGUUAUUUUCAAGUCUCUUCUCCUGACAGCCCUGAAAAUCGACGACAGUAGCGAUGAGGACGGCGCGCUGCGGAGGGAACUCGGCUCAGCCUUGAUUGACCUGUCUCACACGACUGGCCGAUCGGGCGACAUUGUCCAGUCGGUCAUUCAGGAGGUCGAGUUUGACGUUGAAGAACUCGAGAUGAAGCUUGAUGUUUCCUUCCGAGCCAAGACGCUGCCCGCUUCGAGCAAUGGUGCCGGUGACGUCGCCAUGUCCGAGGGCGCUGACCACGUCCCUCUACCCCAAGACCUCGAAGCAGCUGUGGACAAACUAUCGGCUCGCAAGGAAUUAUUACCGUCCUGCCUACUGCCACGAGCCAGCGCCAUCUUUGACGAAUUUAGUCACCUAUUCUUUGCCAUUGUGUCUGAGCAGGCCAAGAAUGCAGCCGCCCUCACCAAGUUCGACCACAGCGCCAAACUUCGUCGCCAAACCGCUUUCAAGGAUUGCACAUACUGCAGCUUUUACAUUCGAGUCUGGAGUGGUCCUUAUCCAGCACUCGCACGGACCGCAGCAUUAAAAAUGGUCAAGAACAGACUCAAGGACGGCGACAGCAGCAACUCAGAUCUUCAGGCCCUGGUUCCAUAUUGCGUCGCGGCUCUGGGCGACCCGUCAAAGCGCGUUCGCCAAGCAGCGGCAGAUUUGAUCACAGUACUCACGGGCCUGUAUUCUCCACCAGUGGCCCCGGGUUCGAUGAAGGUCUGGGGUGCUGGGUCACUCUAUGGAAAGGCCAAGGACAACGCAGCCCUCGGGGCGGACGUGGCGGCAAAGCUGCUCCAUCUGCAGAUUCUACCAACCGUGGAGGAAUGUGUUAUGGAUCCGGAUCAUAUCUCCUCGGUGCUCCAGCCCGCCAUCGAGCAGGGCAAAUACCAGGUUACCCCCCAGCCAACUCUCGAAAAAAAAGACCAUAUGGGCCGGACAGCCAGGCUUGCAGUCAUGUCGUUUUUCGCCUACCAUGCCAACGCUACGCCCUACGUCAUUGUCAAGGAUAGAUUAGUCAAGACACUCAACAAAGUCCACGGCGCUGGCGGCAUCACGCGAACCAAGGUGCUGCUGCCUGUUUUGCAAUGGUGGACCGACUUGUCCCCCCCCGAAACCGAGGAGACGUGUCGCCUUGAGCAACUGGACAGGUCCGAGCUAGACUCGCGCUUUGUGGACGUGGUUGCGCGUGACGACGCAGCCGGACUGGAGUUUCUCUUCCAAAUUCUCAAGGAUCCCUCCAAGAGAGACAAGACAGGCUUGAUGCGGGCCAUCUUUGCUCGAAUCAGGAAGAUGUGGCCUUCCAUGAAGGAUGAAGUCAAGUUCAUGGUUGCAGAGCAUUUCUUGGAAAUAUCUCAAGAGCCGGUGGCGGCUGAGGACACAUCAAACUCUGUCGUCCCUGGCGAGGCUGCCGACGUGCUGCGGGCUGUAUCGCUCACGACGAAUAUCCUCUCGUUUUUCCUCGACUCCAUUCAAACUGGAACCAAGAUGAUUACGGAGCCUCCGCCCAACAAGCGCAGGCGCACGAGCUCUUCGGAGGGCAAUCGUGGCCUGACUACCCAAGUUACGCCGGAGCUGAGCCAGGCCUUGCGCAAGGUCACCUUUGUGCUGCAGCUGGUUGAGAACUCUGACCCCGUGACGCACCCUGAACUACUGGACGGCUUAUUCACCGCACUGUCGGAGCUUCAGCACUUCAGGACAGUCGUCGGCUCGGAACUGGGCUAUCUCCAGAACCUGAUCUUGCGGAGCCUCCUGGCCAUGAUGCCGGCGUACAGAUCGAACAAGGGUCUCAAGAUUGACGGCUCUGGCGGUUACGGAGACUUGCUCGUCAACUGCAUCCAAAAGUCAUCCAGCCCGGUGGUCCAGAAUGCCGCCCUACUCCUGGUUGCUGAUCUGGCGACGACGGCGCCGAAUCUGGUGCUGCACAGCGUCAUGCCCAUUUUCACGUUCAUGGGGACGUCUGUUCUCCGACAGAGCGACGACUACUCUGCGCAUGUCAUUUCGCAGACGAUCAAAGAGGUCAUUCCGCCGCUCAUUGAAUCCCUCAAGCGGAGCCAAAAGAACCCCGUGGCUGGAGCGUGCGAUAUCCUCGUUAGCUUUACAACUGCGUACGAGCACAUCCCGGCACAUCGGAGACAGGGCCUCUUUGUGGCUUUGGUAAACACGCUGGGCCCGCGCGACUUUCUCUUCGCGCUCAUCAGCAUGCUGGUCGAUCGAUAUGAUACCAGCAAUGCCCUCCUUCACUUCAUCACCGAUCUUCUCACCAACUUCAACGUGGAGACGCAACUCGAGAGCUUUGUCAAGCUUGUGGAUCUCGUGUCGGAUCUUUUCAGGCCAAAGCCCGGAAUUUCCCAUGUACUGCUCGGCACCGGGGAGGAUGGAGAGGGCAAGGAUAUCGAGAAGAUUGCCAUACGUCAGCUUUCAGCUUUGCCCAGCUUCCUGUCCAACAAGGCACUCAAAGUGCAGAUCGGCAAGCUCGCCGAUCGUGACGACAUGGAAGCCUCGGAGGUGCGAGUGCUGUACGCGGGGCUCCUUGAGAAUAUUCUGUUGCUGGCGGACACGGUCAAGGCGAACAAGACGCUCCACGAACGAUGUGGCGCGGCGCUGUCAAACCUGCUGAAUCUUCUCUCGAUUGACAAGUUCAUCAAUGCCGUCGAGGACUUGCUGGACAGGCAGGACAUGGGCCUUCGCCAAAAGGUCCUCCGUGCCCUGGAAUCUCGUGUCGAGGCGGAGAACAACACCGAUCCGGCUUCGAGGAAGGCGCUGCUUGCUUUCCUGCCGCAGCUCACUGCUGCCAUUCGGGAGUCCAGCGACAUUCGCUACAAGUACACUGCGGUCACCUGCGUGGACAAGAUUGCAGAAAAGUACGGCAAGAAGGACGUGGAAGCGGUUGUUGCCGCGGCCGCAACCAUCGCCGGGGAGCACUGUCUGGGACAAGGCGAGAGACGACUUCGCGUCAUGGCUCUCCUGUGUCUCACGUCUCUCGUCGACGUGUUGCGGGAUGCCGUUGUGCCCGUCCUGCCGUUGGCCAUCCCAAAGGUGAUGGCUUACCUGGACGAGAGCUUGCAAGGGGAGUCCCCAGAUGAAGAAGUUCACUCUGCUUGUUACGGGUUCAUCAGCUCCUUGGCAGAGCACCUUCCGUACAUGCUCUCGACAUGCACGGACCAAGUGCUUGAGAUAUCGAACCGGUCGGCCGAGGCCGGACUUGGCGACGAAGCCAGCGGGAGCCGGAUUGCUUGUCUUUGUUUCCUCGGCAAGCGGCUGGAAGCAAAGGACGUGUUUGCCGGCCUGGAGAGGAAUUGGGAUAAGGCCAUGUCUGCUGGAUUCUCGGCAGUUUCGGAAUUUCUUGAUGUCCUGGGGGUAGCCAUCGACAAGCACCCGAAGUCUGCCAUGACCAAGAACGCGGCACUUCUGGGCAGUAUAUUCCUCAAAGCUUUUGACGUGCGUCGGCGAGUGCACGCGACAGGGCAAAAGGGCGAGCUCGUCCUCCGACAAGUAGCCAAGAUUGAAGACGGGGUCAACGAAACGGCGCUGAAGAUGAUUUACAAGCUCAACGACGCGGCGUUCCGGCCCAUUUUCGUUCAGAUGAUGGAAUGGGCUUCCUCGGGACUCCCCAAGAAGGACCAGUCUGGCCGGGUUCUUCGGCAGCUCAGCGUGUUUGGCUUUUUGCAGUUCUUCUUUGGACAGCUCAAGUCGAUUGUGACAAGCUACGCGACCUACGUCAUCGACGACGCCGUGCAGGCUCUCCAGACGGUCAAUAUCAAGGCGGUCGAGGAGCGAGAGCUAUGGGCUCGGGUACUCAAGACGUUGGCGACGUGCUUUGAACACGAUCAAGACGACUUUUGGCAGGCGCCGUCGCACUUUGGAGCGGUGGCGCCCGUGCUGAUGGAGCAGUUUCUGCUUGCGAGGUCGGGCGAGGUGACGGAGGGCCUGGUGCCGACGGUGGUGGAGCUGGCGGCGGCGGCAGACUCGCAGGCACACCAGAAGGAGCUGAACGCAGGGUUGAUGCAGCACCUCAAGUCGGAGCAGACGGGGGUGCGGUUGGCGGCGGUCAAGUGCGAGCAGGCGCUGACGGACCGACUGGGAGAAGAGUGGCUGUCGAUGCUGCACGAGAUGCUGCCUCGGAUCAGCGAGCUGCAGGAGGACGACGACGAGGUGGUGGAGCGCGAGACGCACCGAUGGAUUGUCAAGAUUGAAGGCGUGCUCGGCGAGAGUCUGGACUCGAUGCUGCAGUAG